UCGAUCUCUCACCCGUGCCUCAAUCCUUCAUGACCUCCCGAUGAGUUUCCUUCUCCUCAUUCUCGCAUGCACGUUAAUCACGUGUAGACUCUUUCUUGGGGACAGUGAGUUGGAUUUCGCUGGGAAAUGGGCUUUCUGAGCACCAAUUGUGUCAGAUGGAUCUGCUGCUUCGGUGUUUUUGCGACGUUCUUCUUACUUGGCUUUAUAAUAGGCUGGUUUGCCAGACCAACAGACACCAACUCGGGUGAAACUCCCCCAAGUAAGCUGCGAGAAUUCCUGGAUGAAAUGCAGGCGAGAAACAUCAGAGACCAUCUCAGGAAAUUCACACGUCUCCCUCAUCUUGCUGGAACGCAGCAGAAUCUCCACCUGGCCCAGCAGAUCCGAGACGAGUGGCUCCAGUUUGGACUGGACUCGGUAGAGCUUGUGUCUUACGACGUGCUCCUGUCCUAUCCUAACAAGAGCAGUCCCAGUUACAUCUCCAUCAUAGACCAAGCGGGGAAUGAGGUAUUUAACACCUCCCUAUCGGAGCCCAUUCCAGAGGGAUAUGAGAACAUUUCUGACAUCGUGCCCCCCUACAGUGCCUUCUCCGCUGAAGGUCAGCCUGAGGGCGACUUGGUCUACGUGAACUACGGACGCACAGAGGAUUUUUUCAUGCUUGAGCGUGAAAUGGGAAUCAACUGCUCAGGGAAAAUUGUCGUAGCAAGAUAUGGCAAGAUCUUCAGGGGCAACAAGGUGAAGAAUGCCAUCCUAGCGGGGGCGAAGGGCAUCAUCCUCUUCUCUGACCCGGCUGACUACUGCGCCGCGGGGGUGAAGGUGUACCCCGACGGGUGGAACCUCCCAGGCGGCGGGGUCCAGAGAGGGAACGUGCUGAACCUGAACGGAGCGGGGGACCCCCUGACUCCAGGCUACCCUGCCAAAGAUUAUACCUACAGGUACAGCAUCCAAGAGGGAGCCGGCCUUCCGAACAUUCCAGUGCAUCCGAUCGGUUACCACGAUGCAGUCAAUCUGCUCAGGAAUAUGGGCGGUCCGAUCCCCCCUAACAACUGGAAGGGAGCGCUCAAUGUCUCCUACAAGAUUGGACCAGGAUUCACUCCAGAGUUCAGCAAGCACAAGGUCAGGAUGAACAUCCACAUAAACCACCAGGUCACAAGGAUUUACAAUGUCAUCGGCAAAAUCCGCGGGGCUGUGGAACCCGACAGGUACGUCAUCCUGGGUGGACACCGGGAUUCGUGGGUGUUUGGAGGAAUCGACCCCACAUCCGGCGCCGCAGUGGUCCAUGAGAACGUAAGGAGUGCUGGCAAGCUAAUGGCGCAUGGCUGGAGACCCCGGAGAACCAUCAUAUUUGCCAGCUGGGACGCAGAGGAGUUUGGUUUGCUGGGAUCGACCGAGUGGGCCGAGGAAAAUUCCAGAAUACUGCAGGAGAGGGGAGUGGCCUACAUUAAUGCUGACUCUGCAAUCGAAGGCAUGUACACACUGAGGGUUGACUGCACACCGUCGCUUCAUACAUUGGUGUACGACGUCACCAAGAAGAUUGCCAGCCCAGAUGAAGAGGGCGUUACCCUGUACGACAGCUGGCACAAAAAGGACAACUGGACAGGUGACAGAGACGCGCCCAGAAUCAGCAAGCUUGGCUCUGGGAGCGACUUUGAAGCCUACUUCAUAAGACUGGGCAUUGCGUCCGGGAGGGCGAGAUACACCAAAGACGCGAAAACGGAGAAGUACAGCAGUUAUCCAGUAUACCACAGCGUGUACGAGACCUUUGAGCUUGUGGAUCACUUCUACGACCCCUCCUUCCGGAAGCUUCUUGCGGUGGCCCAGGUCAGAGGGGCCCUUGUGUUCCAGCUAGCUGACUCCCUGCUGCUCCCACUGGAUUGCAACGAAUACGCCAAAGCCCUGGACAAGUACGCCCGCAGCAUCUUCCAGCUAGCACAGAAGCACCAGGAGAGCCUCGACCAGUACGGGGUCUUCUUUGAUGCUCUUUUCUCUGCAGUAGCGGACUUCACUGCAGCAGCCAAGGCCUUCCACCAGCGCCUCAAGCACAUCGACAUCACAAACUCAAUGGACGUCAGAAUGGCAAAUGAUCAGCUGAUGUACCUGGAGAGGGCCUUCGUAGACCCCCUGGGGUUGCCUGGGAGACCCUUUUAUAGGCAUAUCAUAUUUGCCCCGAGCAGCCAUAACAAAUAUGCGGGGGAGUCUUUCCCGGGAAUUUACGAUGCCAUGUUUGACAUCCAGAAUGCCCAGGACCCGGCGAAAGCUUGGGAGGAAGUCAGACGGCAGAUCAGCAUCGCAGCGUUCACUGUUUACGCAGCAGCCGCCACACUCUCCCCAGCCGCUUAGCACACUGGUCUCAUACUAGGAAGGAAACACACCGUUCCAAGGUCCUAUGACAAGCAGAUCCCAUUCCCAGAGAACUGCAUUCCCCAACAACAGCAACUCCACCCCAGCACUAUUUAAAUUGUUCUUCCCGUGGGAGGAAAGGGUACAUUACUCUACACUCUGUAGACUGCCUUCACUUCGCAGUAAAAUCCCUACUGACUCUAGUAGAUCUUUUGCUAUAGUAGAUAAUCCAAGGCAGAGAAUGAGCAGACCUUUGUCCGUCACUGUGUUAACACUGUGUCAGCAAUCAGCAUAUCUUGCAGCAAAAAGAGGAACCAGACUUCUGAAAAGAUCUAAGUUGAAGAUUGCCCCCCUCCCUAUAAACAAACAAUCUGGACUGUAUCUGAGCUGUAUUUUCUAUGGGGGGAGUAAACAAAGCCCCACGUUUAAGGUGAUGACAGACUGAAACACACCAAGCAGCUUUCCGAUUAAGUUUUAUGUUCGUUGUAAUUACAACCCCGUUGCCAACAGAUGCUGUGUCAAAAUAAAAACAGAAUGCAGUGAUCUGCAAACAUAUAAACCCGUAUUUAAUUGAAAA